UACCAUUCCUGUCACACCGGCAUUGAUGUGACGUUGAACUCAAAAGCAAAAUAUUAUGACCUCUUCAGACUUCCUGUGCUCAGCAGGUCAUGGGACGCACAGUGUAUAUUCAGAGUCAAGCCUUGUCUCAGGCACCUACUUGCGACAUUGACCUAAUAACGACUAGUGAGUAGACAUACUGGUGGUGUAUUAUGUCUGAUUCAACAGGUGCGUGGUUCACGUCGGGCAAUUUAGGUCACCUGAAAUAUCAUAUUAUGUAUGGUUAUAUAACCUUGUUCAAAAACGAAAUGUACGUGUAGCCUACGUGGUCUUUUUCUAUGUAUUCGAUAAGACGAAUCAUAUGGGAUGGUGAGCUUAUACCAUACUACACGGGGAUUUAGAAAAUCUACCCAUGGAUGACAACUUCCUGCAAAAUGUUGUAAAAAGAACUUCGUUUGAAAGCAUGAAGAACGAAGACGGUCGAACGCUCACUAAAGGUUUAGCAAUGCAAACAGGUACAUUUUGCAGAAAAGGGCAAGUCGGAGACUGGAAGAACUACUUCACAGUAAAGCAGAACGAAGAUUUCGACAAAAAAUUCUUUGAAAAAAUGAAGGAGACCGACUUGGCUGUGAUGUUUUAGUGAUUUUCAUUUUUUUUAUUAAUUGUCAAUUAAAAAAAAAUUUUUUUCUUCGUUUAUAAUCUAACCCACAAUAAAAUCCAGCCUGUUUGGCAUUUGUUACUUUAUCAUAUCAUGAUCAUAAAAAAUUAUUUACAAUGAAAGUUGUCUAAAAUCAAUCCCUUGUUGCAUUAAAUAAACUAAACAUUUGAAAUAAAACUACCGAAUGUGAAGGAUCCCUUUUCAGAAACAAUACUUUAUUCUUAAGCAAACCUGGUCAAAAACAUUAAGGACAUUAAUUUAUGACAAUGGGUUACUAAGGAACUUCUCGAUGCAUCUUGCGCCUUCAGCGUGUCGAGUGGCUUACACCGAUGCUCAUAAAUUAAGCAACACCCCGUUUUUUUCAUAAAAGAUUAUUCUGUCAUGGUCAUUAUUUAAAUUGCUAGUAGGAUUAUGCCUAUCUCUUUCAUAUUUUAUAAACACCUCAUUUAAGUUGAUUAUUUCUGAUAAUUUAAUACUCAACACAGCUUAAUGUAAUAAACAAAUUAACUUUAUUAACAAAGUGGUACCAAAAUGUGCCAAAUCAUGUGGUAAAAGUAUGCUCACAUAGGGAAAAGUACGUGCUGAUUAAAACAGCUUAUCAUAAAUAAGUUAAAUUGAAUCGUCUUAGAAUAAGUUCUAAUAAAAAAAGACUAUAGAUAACAGAUAAUUUAUAGUCUAUUAUGCAAGCAAUAACGGGGGUAUCGUUCCUGGUUUUGAACAACAUCUUCACAUCAUCUACUGCAACUUGCCACUGAAUUCUUGUAAAUCUUGCAUUGGGAGCCGGUUCCAUUUCUGAUCAAUUACUACCCACUGGACCUCUCUAAUGUUUCUUCCUUGGCGAUUACUGCUUUCCUUUACUGCUCUGCCAAUCAUGCCUCAAGCAGGAUCUACUACAUUGAGAUCUGGCGAACAUGCAGGCCAAUCCAUAUUGGGGAUAUCAUGCUGUUGCAGCACGUCUUGCACGGCCUGUACUUAAUGGAUGGGCUCCUUGUCCUGCACCAAAAUGAUGUUUCUUCCUGGAUUUGCCUGAAUGCGUGGUUGUGUGUGCAUUAACAGGAUUUCGUCUCUGUAUUGUUGACCAGACCUUUGAAUGAUGUACAGUGGCAAUUUUUCACCAAUUUUUUAAUUAGCAGCCCCAGACCAUGACGGAUCCUCCUGAACACGUAGGAGAACACAAUCAUCAUGAAACACUUGGUUUAGACCUUUCCGGACUCUUAACCGACCAUCUGCAUACAGCAAAUUCAGGCCUACCCAACUACCAUCCUGAAUUAACCGGUA